AUGUCAGAUACUCCUCAACCGACAGUGACCACUCAAUGGUCAAACUUUCAUUCACCCAUCUCUCCUUCUCAACCACAGAAUUACCUUCCCCAAUCCGCAUCCUCACCCAAUGCCCGACAUCCCCUCACAAGACCCCUUUCGCCCGAUUUACCGACCAAAGACGCUUUGUAUUUAUUCAGCAAUUUUGCCAGUUACAUGCGAAGCCCUGGUGAGGGUGCGGAGGGUAUUCGAAACAGUGAAGAUUUCAGGGAUACAGUUAGGUUAUUGGAUCAUGCCAGAUAUCUGGCAUCACAACCUUAUUCUAAUGUACAUGUUUUACAUUUGAAAUAUCGAUUUAUAGGACCAGGGAACGAAAAUGCGAAUAGAUAUUCCACGGGGGAUCAAGGUACUCGUAUAAACGAUAACGGUGUACCGGUGAGAAAUCCAGUUCCACAACCUUUUAGCGUUUUACAUGAUCCGGUGGUAAAGAUUGAUUAUCGCGAUCAGGGAGUGUUUGAACCUCUUCCCGCUCAAGCCGUAUUCGCCCACAUCGCCAGAUCCUGUCAACCUCCACCACGAAUCAUUGUCAUCUCUUACGUAUGUUCCAAAGUGACCGAAACUCACCUCGCAUCAUUAUCAACCUGGGCUCGUACAUCCUCUCCACCAGCAUACAUAUUUUCUCCAUUAGAAACCCGUCUUAGAGAAAGUAGACCACUUCAUCUUGCUUUACACCACGCGAUACCAAUGUCAAUGUACGCUUGGCCUGCCGAAUCAUCACCUUCUUUCACUCCAUCUUCAUAUCCCAAUAUCUAUACCGAAUCAAGUAUAUCUUCAUCUGAACAACCAUUCCCAUCUUCCAACGGUUCUAGAUUUUUGAAACAACAACCGGAGAACGAACCAAUUCGUGAAAUCCAACGAUCGAAUUCUCCAAAUGGUGAAAAUCAACAAAAUCUUUCAAAUUCACAAGAAAGACAAUACCCUCCUGAUCCAGUAGCAAGAUUGACAGUUAUCACAGCUUCUGCACCUAUACUUCAUUCUACUCCUUCAGAGAUACCUGAUCCAUCACCAAGUAGAGGAAAUUCAGCACCUUCUCAUCAUUCCCAUGCUCACUCUAACCCUGACCCUGAUCUUAUUCCGAAACAACUUCAAAAAUCACAUGGUCAAAUUGGAACACUUCAACCUGAUAGAAUACCAUUAUGGAUGUUAGUACCUGGUUUCGGCGCUUUGAACGGGUCUACGGCAAUGUCGAUAGGUAUACAUUUACAUGAAUUCUCAGCAAUAAAUCUCAAAAUGACACCACAAGCUCAAUCUAGAUCAUUUUCUUCAAAAGAUGGAAAGUUGAAAGAAGAAGAAUCCUUCAUCAAUAAGGGAAUGGAAGGAACGGGAAAGAAAAAAGUCGCUUCUGUUCAAAUGAUAAAACAACAUUUCAAAGAUAGAGCAGGAUCAACUUCCAUUAUACGUCCUAUCGAAGGAGGAAUUUCAGGUAGAGAUGGUAUACAUGGAAAAGGUGUAGAAGUCAAUGGGGUGAAUGGUGGAGGUGGAAGUGAAAGUGGUAUUGGAGGUGGAAGUGGAAUGGGAAACGAAGGAACAGGUCCAAUGAUAAUGAUAACUCCACCUGAUCGUAAACCUCCAAUGAGUUUAGAAUCUCUUGGAAGAUCUGGUAGUUGGCCAGCAGGAGUAAACAGAGUUACAGGUUGGAGAAAAGGUAGAAAAGAAAUGAUGGAAGAUACAUUAGAAGAAUUAAAUCUAGGUUUAGGUAGUUUAGAUCAAGAUUUAACUGAAAAAGUCGGUAGGUUGUUAAUUGGUGAUUAUCAUAAGAGGAAACAACAAGAAGGUGAGAAAGAGAAAGAAAUGAGAAUAGGUGCUGAACAAGAUAUUUAUGUUUGUAUGAUUAGAUGGUAG